AUGUCCAAAGCAUCGAAAUCUAGCAAUUCCUUUUUCGAUAGCUCUCGCUCAAUAUUUAUCAGUGGACUGCAUUCUAGAGUGACAGAGGAAAUUCUUUGGGAGCUUUUUCUUCAGGCUGGCCCGCUUGAAAAUGUGAGGAUCCCCAAAGAUAGAGACACAGGUAAGCAAAGGACAUUUGGUUUUGUUGUCUACCAAGACAAAUGCUCAGUUCCAUAUGCUUGUGAGCUUUUUGACACAUUGAAACUAUUUGGUCGUCCAAUCAACUGCAAACCACAAAACAAUGGAUCUAACAGUCCAAAAGCAACUCCAAGUCCAUCUCAUGCAAUUUCAUAUUCUGAUGAUGAUAGUAGUAAUUACCAAAGGAAUGAAGAGGCAGUUAGAACACCAAAGCUUGAUUUUUUUGGAGUAGAUAACAGCCCAUAUGGUAGAACACCUGAUUCAAAUUUUGCUGGCAACAGAAGGCUUCAACUCCACAGAUCCUAUAGUGGAGGUAUGCCUUCACCUUUGCUGGACCUUAGGACCCAGGCUCUCAUGAGUCAGAGCUCUCUUCAAUGGGCAGAGCAAAAUUUUCCUCAUGACAGCCCUGGCCCCAUGAGGAGGUCACGAGGAACUUAUGGAGAGGGGAGUAGAAGGCUGGGGCAACCAUAUUAA